CUGCCUCUCUCACCCUGGCAGCUACCUUUCUAUUUUUAGUGUCGUGGAUCUGUCUUCUCAAGCUGGAAAUUACUGUUCCAGCUCCAGGUGUAGCCAUAGCCUAAGAUAACACAACAAGUGGUGUAACAAUCAGCUGGGAGGAACAAAGGACUGAACACGAUGGAAAACAUGCAGGCCAGAUAUGUACACAGAUUGAUGGUUUUGAGAGAACAGCCUAUCUUCACCACCAGAGCACAUGUCUUCCAGAUUGACCCCAGCACCAAGAAGAACUGGGUUCCUGCAAGCAAGCAGGCUGUAACUGUUUCCUACUUCUAUGACAGCACAAGAAACAGCUAUCGGAUUAUCAGUGUGGAUGGAGCCAAGGUGAUUAUAAACAGCACAAUCACACCUAAUAUGACCUUUACGAAAACAUCGCAGAAGUUUGGUCAGUGGGCGGACAGCAGAGCAAACACUGUGUUUGGUUUGGGUUUUUCCUCCGAACAGCAGCUAACAAAGUUUGCAGAGAAAUUCCAGGAUGUAAAAGAAGCUGCCAAACUAGCAAGAGACAGAUCUCAAGAGAAAAUUGAGACCUCUAGCAAUCAUUCCCAAGAAUCUGGACGUGAAACGCCAUCUUUUACUCGGGCAUCCAGCAUAAAUGGAACAGAUGAUGAGAGGGCAUCUCAUGGUGACUCUGCUGAUGCACAUCUGAAAAGUGAGAAUGACAAACUGAAAAUUGCUCUAGCCCAAAGUUCUUCCAGUGUAAAGAAAUGGGAAACAGAACUGCAGACUCUGAGGGAGAGCAAUGCCAGGCUGACCUCUGCACUCCAAGAAUCUGCUGCCAGUGUAGAGCACUGGAAAAAACAGUUUUCAGAAUGCAAGGAAGAGAAUGAUCAACUCAGGAACAAGAUUGAAGAGCUGGAAGAACAAUGCAAUGAAAUAAAUAAAGAGAAGGAAAGAAAUUCACAGCUGAACAGGCGCCUCCAGGAACUGGAAUCAGAACUUCAAGACAAAGAAUUAGAAUUGGAGGAUCUUCGAAAGCAAGGUGAAAUUAUACCCCAGCUAAUGACAGAAUGUGAAUCUGUAUCUCAGAAAUUACAGGCUGCUGAGAAAAAGAACAGAGACCUGGAGGAGAAAGUCAGAACACUAAGGACAGAUGUUGAAGAGAGCAGACAGAGACAGAACAGCCUUAAAACUGAAUUAAAGAAUUUUUUAGACGUACUAGAUGGGAAGAUAGAUGAACUACAUGACUUGCGACAAGGACUGUCUAAACUGGGAAUUGACAACUAGACGGCAACAGAUUUUUGUAAUCUAGGGUCUGAAUGUUUUGGUGUUUUGUUGAUCCCAAAUGUAUGUAUUACAAAAUUUGGCUAGAAUGUUCCACUUGUUGGCAUUGUUUCUGUACAUACAGGCUGAAAAUUUGCUAUGUUUUUUCAAACCAGUUGUGCUGCUCACUGAAUUCUUUUGAGAAGAGAAAUUAUUUAUAUGGCUGCUGUGGGUUUGCGAAGAGGUGGAGGAUUCUGUCUCAGGAAUCUGGAACUAGAUCUACCUUAUAUGAUUAUGCAGUUAGUUGUUGCAGGGAAAUUUAUAACUUUCUUAAGGGCUGUUGCAACCAUAGAAACAGAAAACAAGUAUUUUCUAGUCCUGACUAUCAGAACUCCUGGCAACAUGCAAUUUUAUUUCUUUUGUUGAGUGGAGUGGAGUUAAGAUUAGAGAGGGCUUCUGCCAAGUGUAAAUCAGUUGGGUAAAAUGUGUCUGAGUUGAGCUACAGUCAAGCGUAGCGAAUCCCUCUAGGUAGAUAUUAAGAUCCUUAGUAACAAAUCAUUAAAGCCUAAUUCACAGAAAGAAACCAACUGAUUUUAUACUUGUGUGACCUCCGAUGUAGGGUUUACCAUGUAAAUGUACGUGCACAUACAGCACAUAAUCUGCAAAGUUGCAGUCAGUCUCAGCUCUUGUACUUCAAAUAAACCGUACAACAGCUGAUGAGAACUUGUCUCAUUUAACAAGAGCAUCUUUCUCCUCAGCUGUAGCGUUUAAAUUCAUAUAAUUAAUCUUUAUAUCUUUGAAAAAAAAUACUCUCUUCCUGGGACCAGAUAUACAGCAAUAGGGAUAGGUUAUUGUUUCACAUAUAGAUCUAGGUCCUCUAAUUAUCUAUAUAACUUAAUAACUGCUGUGAACAUCCACUGAAGUGAUUUCAGAGAAGUUAAUCUAAAAAAAAAUUAGUUCUUUUCACAGAACCUCUGGGAAUGGUUUUGUACAAAUGCAAGUUUCUGUUCAAGAGACAUCCAGGGCUGUGGUAGCAUGAAAGCAAAACACUUUUCUUUGAAGUAUACGUUCCAAUCUCAUGACACAUUAGAAACCAAAUUGCCCAUUUAGAAUGACAAGAAGAAAGGCAUUGCAAAAACACAUUGCAACUUGUAUUUGAUUAUUUAGCAGCUCUAAACACAUUCUGAGUAAAGCAAGAGAAUGCUUGGGAUUCCAGGACCAUGAGAAUAAGAUCAAGUUUACUUCACUACAGGUGGUGACAUAAACAGCAACGCUGGUUCAGAAUUCAGUCUAACUCUGCUUUUGUCUCCAUAACUACCUUCAGGGGCUAUUUUAUUUUUUUUUAAAGAACUGUUAGGGAAUAGCCUGCUCUGAAGUUACUCUGAAAUCCCCAUGCAAAUCGAAUUCCGGCAAGAAGUUCUGUUUAUGUCCGAUACAUUGAUGGUAUUGCCUCUUUUUUUUAAUCUGGCAAAGCCUACUGAAGUGUGAAAUUAAUGUGUUCCAACAGGAUGGAAUAGAGUGGCCAUGUCACAACAUUCAUUUCACAUAUUACAAAUUAGAUUUCUAAUUCUUAAUAAAGCUAUCAUCAAGGGGGUUUUGGUCAUUUAAAUAAUGUAAGUGAAGAGUAUAUUGAAUACCUUUGCACACAGAUAUAAUAAUCCAGAUGCUGGAAGUCUGUAGAGAGAUACUCUAUCUGCAAUAGUUCUUUUAAUUCUAGAUUGCAUCUAUCACUGAAGUAUUGUCUAUCUAGCCUUGCCUUUUUUGUAUGUGUGCUUUGUAAUCCUUUUAUACAACUGGUAGUAGGAAGCUGGGCUAUUUCACCAUCUGAUGGUCUUUGUUGAAGAGAACCA